AACCUUUGCUUGCUUCACCUGUCGCGCCAAGUCAUGAAAUUUAUCGCCGCUGCCUUCACAACGCAAACCCCAUUCUGCAGCGGCAAUGGCUUCCACAGAUAACACACCGGGGGCUACACCGACGCAUAAACGCCGGCGAUCUGAUGAUAACUCGCAUGGUGCUGCCCACUCGUCGCGCAUGACGAGGGAUGACGGCCAUCGCGACGGCGAUGCGCGUGGCAGCCACAGAUACUCACCAGACGGGCGACGCGCGAGCGCCAGCCCUAGACGUGGCGACGAUCGCCAUGAUUAUUAUAGCAAAACCAGGGAAUCGUCAAGAUCGCCUGCCAGAAGACGUUCAAGAUCGCCCCCGACGUCAAACUCCAGCACCGUCACCGACUCCCGACCUCCAUCGAGGUCGCGGGCGCCUCGACGAUCAUCGCGCUCACCCACCUCUACCAACCGAACAAGAUCAGAAUCAAUACCGUCAGACCAACCGCCGCUCACACCACCCCUCGACCUCCUCAAACCAGACUACCGGCCGGUGCUGGCGCUGCAUGGGCACACUAAGCCUGUAUCGCAAGUUCGAUUGUCGCCUAAUGGCCGCUACAUAGCAUCCGCUUCGGCCGAUGCGACUGUUAAAAUCUGGGAUGCAGCUACGGGAGCACAUCUGGAUACUCUAGUUGGUCAUAUGGCCGGUGUGAGCUGUGUGGCAUGGGCGCCAGAUAGCAACACCCUUGCAUCGGGGUCUGACGACAAGGCGAUCCGUCUCUGGGAUCGAGUCACGGGCCGGCCCAAGACGACAACAAGACGAUCGGUAGUCGCGCGGGACAUGGCUCCCCUCAGAGGGCAUCAUAAUUAUAUACACUGUCUGGCAUUUUCGCCAAAGGGCAACAUCCUGGCCAGCGGCUCAUAUGACGAGGCCGUUUUCUUGUGGGAUGUCCGCGCAGGAAGGCUGAUGCGAAGCUUGCCUGCUCACAGUGAUCCUGUCAGCGGAAUUGAUGUUUCCCCAGAUGGGACGUUGGUAGUUAGCUGCUCUACAGAUGGUCUCACCCGUAUAUGGGACAUGUCCACGGGCCAAUGUCUACGAACGCUGGUUCACGAAGAUAAUCCAGCUGUUACAAACGUCUGCUUCUCGCCAAACGGCCGAUUUGUGCUCGCCUUCAAUCUCGACAACUGCAUUCGAAUGUGGGACUACGUGCAGGGAAGUGUAAAGAAAACAUAUCAGGGUCACAAGAACGAAAAGUUUGCAGUUGGCGGUUGCUUUGGAGUGUUGAAUGGCGUGCCUUUCAUUGUCUCAGCGAGCGAGGAUGGCAGCAUCGUGCUCUGGGACGUGAAAAGCAAGGUAGUCGUACAGAAGCUUAGCGAUUGCCACAAAGGCGUCUGCUUCUGGGUGGAUGUGCACGGCGAGACCAUGGUAAGCGCAGGUCAGGACAAUAUUGUAAAAGUGUAUAGGCAUGGCAAGCAAGGCGAGCCGGCGACGAAUGGGCAUAUUGGCGGCGAGCUGCCCAUACGGCAGGAGGAUGUGAAGCAAGAGCAUUAAUGAAAAUAGCAAGCCUGAUUUUUAUCCUUUGUCAAAUGAUUGGCCUUUAAGAUUAAACUUCGAGCGUGCAGUUUCCAAUUAUCAAGUCUCGUAAGAGGGACUAUGUCUCGUGGAGGAGUCCAUGCUUCUGGACUGUCUCUGCCAAGUCGAGAGACAAAAGCUCAAGUUGGCACAUCACAGGAGAGAAAUUUGUUGCGUGCUUGCAUCUGUGCCACAGUGACAUGCGCUAAAUAGCCGCAAGCUGAGAGCGUAUGGGCGAUCACGCAACGGCCACACCCGGGGCUGCACCAGGAAGCCUUCCGGCUGCGGGAACUAGGCUAGGCUAGGGUCUGGCCCAACUAGAACCUCCAGCGGUAACAUCUUGUCCAACCAUGCCUGCUGCAUGCAUAGGCCCUGGACUGUAGCCGUUGCUAGGGGAUCGAUCAGCGUCUGGCCGUGCGCUGUAUUGUACCUCAUCGUGCCUUGUGCGGUCGUACACAGUGCGGCCAUGUGCCGAACGUAUGUGCUUGGUUCUCCCCUCCCGUUGUCCUUCCCGCGGAGCUUGCUUGGCGCCUGCGACGCUACGGCUAAGUUGAGCGUGCUCUCCAAUAGGGGAUGCUCGUGGUGGAAACCCUCUUUUUUUGUUGGCUCUAGAGCGAGCGGCUGUUAGUGGAAGCGUGGCCGUUGCAACGUGAUGCGGCAGCCAACCAAACGCCACGGACUGGGCGUGCUGCGAAACCGGCAUACACCAAGUAGAACAGUGCCGACCGAGGAGGGGAUUGACGAUAAUGGAAGGUUCUUUUGGUUGGUCCUCGGAAAGCUUCUUGGCUCUACGCCAGCUCUGACUUGCCCUGGGUAGCAUUAGUGUUUGACCUUAUUCGUGCAAAGAGACCUGGGCUCCCCGGUGUCGCCGGACAGGGAGUGUUAGGUGCUGGUAGCAGACGCAUCUGUACUGCUAACGAGUCAGGGGCCAAUACCGUGACCACGCAAAAAAAAAACACAAGACAAGACCAAUUGUACAUAGUAUAUAAGGAGG